UGUUGCUCUGCGCUCCACAAAAAUCUCUUUUAACAAGUGAUUUGCUGUCUAAAAACUGAUGGACCUUGGCAAAUUUCUGCCUAAAAUCACAGAGGGAAGUCUCUGGAAGGUGGCGUGCGCCGCCGGUGUGGUAGUUUUGGGUUCAGCCGGCUGGAUGUAUUACUGGCUCCGGCAAAGAACCAACCCGCCAACUGAGCUCUCUCAGCCGGCCACACAUGACUACGAAGAAGGAUUGGAUGAGACCAGUGACUUUCAGGUCGACAUGCCAAACUGGCAACCUGACCAACCCACUGAGGAACCUGUGUUUCUGCAUUCUGGAAAUCGUGAACUGCACAGCACGUCCAGAAUCAUCCAGUUCCUCUCAACUGAAUCCCACCGUUCUCAGUUUGAGUCAGUACAGAUCAGACGAUACUUUGUAUGUGUGGUAGAAGGGUCAGAGAUCCAGCAGUGGUGGUUCACCAUCGCUGAGACCUGCUGUUUAAAUCAUCUUGGAUUCCCCUAUUACACCACCAGUGAGGUUUCUUUCACUGGCAUACAGAGUAUCUCUGGAACGGUGACUGCAUUUGUAUCCUGUCGCCGUGUGGAGACCUUUGUUAACGUCCUGCUGGAGGAUUGUGUGAAAACCUUCUACGAGGUGACCAGGGACUACCGACGUCUGUGGGCUGAUGGACAGGAGGACACUGCUCACUGGGUUAAGAACUCCACCUUUUAUACACCGCACAUGGAUUCCGAGACUGACUUUGAGUCAGAGUUUGAUGGCAGUGAGGAGAAUCUUUAUCCUGAGGAGAGUGAGGUGCCCUUUAUCAGCUGCCACCUCGAAGACUGCGGCAUCACAGACGUUGCCCUGAAGCUGCCUGCACUUCGUGAGGUCUUUUCUACCCUGUUAACCAGCAUCCACCUCCAGAAUGUAUUAUUUGUAAGCGGCAAAGAGCUGGUUAUGCACCUAGCAGCUCUAAACAAGCAGGAUGUGGUCGAGGCUCAGCUUUCAUACGAGGCUCUGAUUCGCUUCCUAAAAGAAGCAGCCAAUCAGUAG